UCCUCUUCCUGUAUCCGGUGAUGGAGGUCUGCUGCAAGAGGCUUUAAACCGCAGCUGCGCUCAGAGACACGAUCGAACAACCAGCGAGGAACCCGAGUCCAGACCCCGUUCCAACACACGAGUCAAGGUGAGACCCGGUUCUGGACAAGGAUCCGGACAAAUGUCCCCGAAAAUAGAAAAAGACACAAACCCGAGCGUCGUGUUGAUCUGUCAAGGCCACAGAUGCCAGUGGCUGUAGGUCCGUACGGCCAUGGCCAGGCCCAGCCCAGCUGUUUUGACCGGGUGAAGAUGGGCUUCAUGAUGGGGUUCGCAGUGGGAAUGGCUGCCGGCGCCAUGUUUGGCACUUUCUCCUGUCUCAGGAUCGGCAUGCGGGGCAGAGAGCUGAUGGGCGGAGUAGGAAAGACCAUGAUGCAGAGCGGCGGGACGUUCGGCACGUUUAUGUCCAUCGGAAUGGGCAUCCGCUGCUGAGGAGGAGGAGGAGGAGGAGCGACCUCCUCAUGACUACACAGCUAUGGGACUUUUCCAAAAACCUACAUCCACCUCUCUCUGUCUGUCCGGUGAUGUCACACUCUCAACCUGCAGUCUAGUUUUGUCAAUAAAAGUUAAGAUUUGUCAAAUGGG